CCCCGUGCAGACCUUGUGUGUGCCCAGCACUGCAGUCUUCGCCGAAAUCAUCGCAUGAUCAAGCCACCCGAUUCGCUGCAUGCAGCUCAGCACUUGUCAGCAGUCGCAUUUCCGAAGUCCAAACGUUAUUCAUUCCGAAACAAGUCGAAAAUCUCAUUCCCCACAUUACAAGAAUGGUUGUACGUAAGUCCUUGCUCGAUGGAAACGAUACAUCAAAGUAAUUGAUUUGUAUUCCUUUCAUAAUUCUUCCUUUGAAGCUUGACCACAGAGAAUGGCUGGCUGUGCGGCGGCCUUCCUGUUCCUCAUUCUCAGUGCCAGCGAUUUGAUGGCAUCGCUAGCUCCCCGAGCGGAGGCGCAAGCCACUAAGCCCGGUGAUGGACAGGAAGAGCAAUCAUCGCUAGUCUUUGAUCGAACACAGCCGGGCCCUAGCUCUGAUAAGACCAGACUGCUGGUGUUCGCCCAGGAGACGAACAGCUCCGAGUGGCUGAUGAUCGAGGUCAAUUUGAACACGGGCAAAAGCCAUUCACUGUUGAAGACCCAGAGAGACGAGUCCAUCGCUCAGUGCGGCUUUGCCUUGACGAAUGAAUCGACGGUGGUCUUCUACAACGGUAUGGUUCUGGAAACCUGGAGUUUGAAGACGGGCAAGAUAACUGGCAGUGUCAAGAUAGAGGAGUCUGCAUUGCAAACGGUUGACUUCAAUCCAGGCAGUCAGCAGAUAGAGGGUGUGUGUCAGAUGUGGCUACCAGAGCAGAACAUGAGCGCAACGUGCUGGUGUGCCGUCCACGAGAGUAACAUUUCUGCCGUAUACCAAAUGCCGGUGGACUAUUUUGGCGAAUCGAGGUCGGCGUGUGUCAACUACAUCGACCAGUCCACAUCACUACUGUGGUACCCUGGUGCUGCGUACAACAACGUCAACAAGUUUUUUGCCGGCUUGGGGACGUCGUCCCAAUCUAGUGUGUAUGACUGGAAAUGGUUUGGAGCAAUCAAUGGAACAACUGCAUACGAUGUGUAUGCCUACGACGACAACCUGAAUCGUUCGUUUUCCAUCCAGAUCUCGCCGGAGAACACCACUUCGCAGCUGGUUGAAGUCUUCCACGGAAUCGAGCCCUACGCUAAGGACAACCCCCAACCGAAGGUGCUGCACGUGUUUCCCGACAACUUUGGAUUGUCUGCGGCAGGUUCAGCAGCCUAUGAUCAGUCGCUCCAUACAAUGUAUGCCAUAAUGGAACGACACACGGGAGCAAUGAGUGAUGCGGCAGUCAAUGACCGGGCUGGUAAUCACAAUCAUGUGCGCUUCUCAGCCCAGUAUCUGGUUAAGAUCGAUGUGGUCACACUGAAGGUAACACUGCAGGAGAUCACGUGGCCGCAGUCUGCGCACGGAUUCAGCGUGGCCAGCGUGCGACUCAGGACUCAGAGCAAUGUAGAUCCACGAAAUGAUUGAUGACAGGAGAGGCUUCGCUUUCCAAUCAUGCGCCAUAUUGCAAAGCACACAUGAAGUGCUGGACUUCAGCUGAGAUGAUAACAAAAAAUUAAUAUGGUAGUUAAUUUCACUGGUUCUCCGACAGGCCAUAGCAUCAUGUUCCCUGGUGUGUCGAUAUUUCCUUGGACUUGUUCAUUAUAGUUUACAAGUGUAGUCCAGUUGAACUCUCUUUUCACUUGAACAUGCAACUGUUGAGUUGCCUGAAUGGCCUUUUAUCUGACGUCUGAGCAAGCCCCACGUCCGUUCGAAAUGGAAAUGUACGUUCACUUGAUGGAUUCACGGUUCUUUUGAUGAACGCCAGGCCAAUGAUUGCAGGGCAGAGCCACGGCAAAUGGAGCUGACCAGUGCUUGCCAGUGUAAUUCACUGCUCAUAAUUAUGAAGUGAAUGAUCCCAUUGGCAUUGCUAUUUGCGACCAUAGCACUAAGAAGACCAAAGAGCUGUGUUCUUGCAUGCUGCCUUGCGGGCAGGCCAGGCCGGGGCUGAGAUGGACUUGAUCAAUGUGGCACUGUACAAAUCAUUUAGGUCUUGAAAGGACACUCCCCCAGGGAAACUCAACUAACAGUUAGUUCCGAGUGUAUGUCACUGAGUGGAGGGUUUGACCUUCACGUGCACAAGUGGAAAUAAGGAAUUUUGCACAGCUGGCACGAGCUUUGGCUCCGCUUCUCUUUGCUCUGAGAUACAGUAACACGUUCAGAAGCAGCAUAAUCUUGUCUUUUCUGUACUGAUGCUGCACAAAGUACCCCCUGGAUGUAACAUACAUUAUUGUUUUUA